UAACGCACAAUCACCAAUGUCGAUUCUCACCUACACUCUACAGAAUGAAACCAACGAUACCACCUCCACCAAACCAAACCAUUCCAAAACAAACCAAACAAUGUUUAUGUUUUUCAACAGAUAAUAAAACACACAAGAGGGUUACACUUGAAUCGAAACUGUUAAUUUGAACACGUUAACAAUACAUAGUGGUUCCUUCACUCACUUAUCUUAAUAAAAAGCAGUUUCUCUCUCUCUCUCUCUCUUCUCUCUCUCUCCUCCACCUCUUUCGUCGUUUCUUCACCUUACAAAUAACACACAAACACGCACUCAUUACUCUGCUAUUGUUGUUUAGAAUGCCGGCUUGGUGGAGUAGAAAGUCGAGUAAGAACAAGCAAGAGCAUGAGGAUAAGGAAGAAGAAGAAGAAGAGCCACGUGGCGGCCUUCAAUUUAAUUUCAUGAAAUCUCCAAUUACCAUUAAGAACGGCGAUAAGAAGAAGAAGAAGAAGAACAGCUUCGACGAGCUCUUCAAUCGGAAUUCGCCCAGGACCAGCAAUGAUUUCAAUGGUGGCGGCGCCGCCGAGAAGAAAGACCUUCCCUUGCCUCUCCCCGCCGAUCAUGCCGUCGGAUCUCCUUCUAUCUCCGGUUCUAGCUUCAGCUCCUCUGUCUCCUACGACGAUCAUCCAAUCUCUCCUCAAUUUAAUGCCAACAGAGGACAAGAUGAUAUAAAGUUCAAUGUGAGGUCAAAAAGCCCAGGUCCUGGGUCAAGAGGACCCACCAGCCCUACAUCACCUCUUCAUCCAAGAUUGCAUGUUUUGAGUCUUGACUCACCUACAGGAAAGCAAGAAGAUGGAAGGAGUCAGUGCCAUCCAUUGCCUCUUCCACCAGGUUCUCCUACUAGUCCUUCUGCUCUUUCCAACACACGAGCAAAUGGACAGUUAGAAAACAUUUCCAGUAAUCUGUCCAAGUGGAAGAAAGGGAAGCUUCUAGGACGGGGAACUUUUGGGCAUGUUUAUCUGGGAUUCAAUAGUGAAAACGGACAAAUGUGUGCAAUAAAAGAAGUCAGGGUUGUCUCUGAUGAUCAAACAUCAAAAGAGUGCCUCAAACAACUUAACCAGGAGAUAAAUUUGCUUAGUCAUUUUUCACAUCCAAACAUUGUUCAAUACUAUGGGAGUGAACUGGUAGAAGAAUCACUUUCUGUUUAUUUGGAAUAUGUCUCUGGCGGUUCUAUCCAUAAAUUGCUUCAAGAAUAUGGUUCAUUUAAGGAGCCUGUUAUUCAAAAUUAUACCAGGCAGAUUGUCUCUGGACUUGCCUAUCUGCAUGGAAGAAAUACAGUACACAGGGAUAUCAAAGGGGCUAACAUACUAGUUGAUCCUAAUGGUGAAAUCAAGCUGGCAGAUUUUGGAAUGGCUAAACAUAUAAAUUCUUCUGCCUCAAUGCUUUCAUUCAAAGGAAGUCCAUACUGGAUGGCACCUGAGGUUGUAAUGAAUGCAAACGGCUAUAGCCUUCCAGUUGAUAUAUGGAGCUUGGGAUGCACAAUUCUUGAAAUGGCAACAUCUAAGCCUCCAUGGAGUCAGUAUGAAGGGGUAGCUGCCAUAUUUAAAAUUGGGAACAGUAAAGACAUGCCUGAAAUCCCCGAGCAUCUUUCAAAUGAUGCAAAGAAUUUCAUUAAGCUAUGCUUAAAUAGGGACCCAUUAGCUCGCCCAACAGCCCUAAAGUUACUAGACCAUCCCUUCAUUCGAGAUCAAUCAGCAACAAAAGCUGCAAAUGUGAGCAUAACCAGAGAUGCUUUCCCUUACAUGUUUGAUGGAAGCAGGACUCCGCCUGUUUUUGAGCUUCAUUCCAAUCGAACAAGUAUAACUUCACUUGAUGGAGAUUAUGCAACAAAGCCAGCUCUUGCAGCUCCACGUACAUCAAGGAGUCCAAGAGAUAACUCAAGAAUGAUCACAUCUUUACCAGUAUCUCCCUCUUCAAGUCCAUUGCGACAUUAUGGGCCAGCACAUCAGAGCUGUUUCUUUUCUCCUCCUCAUCCAAGUUACACAAUAAUGGGACAAAAUAGUUACACUCCAGUGAGAUCAAAUGCUACAUUCACUCUUGAUCCUUGGCAUGAAUCAUCUCUAUACAAAGCCCAUACACCACCUGGUGGAUCUCCAAGAAUGAGAUUCAUUUGAGUUGUGAUUGUAAAUAACAAUAGAACUAAAAUACUUCUAGGUUCUGGUCUAUCCUUUAUACAUGAUAUAACCUGACAACAGAAGAAAUGACGGGCCCUAAAGCUCCCAAUGCAUUGGACUGUAGAGACCUUGCUGCUUGUAGUAACGUGUGUCUGUAGUAACGUUUAUGUUGUAUAUUGCUAGUUCAUGGUAGAAGAAAAAAAGAGUAAUUUUUCAUACCCACUCUUUUCAUUUUAAAUUAGAAAUUCUAUUUGAGAUUCGAUACGUGUAUGGUUUGGUCCCAAUCCCAAGCCAUCACCACGAGAGCAUGAACGAUUGGCUUGAUAGAGCCAGUGUACCGAGUGUCCAAAAUAUUUUGGA